AAUCAGUCAAGAUUAGUUUGUGAGCGGGGCAAAUCAGCGAGAGCAAACCAGGAACAGCCCUAGUGGUGCGGAGUAGCAUCAUCGCCGAAGCCGUUACCCUUCUAUUUCCUUUUCACCGUCACAUUCUUCUUCCGAACACGCCAUUUUCAUCUACCACAAUUUCUCUCAGGGCAAUUUUUCUUACGUGCAGAAGAAAGGAAGGUUCUGAGAGGCCGUAUCGUAAAUGGCUAGAUCUAAACGACGACGUUCGGGCAUUGUUGCCAGCCAUAUCAGACCGAAAAUGAUUUUUCAGCCUAUUCUGGAGGAUGGAGUGUUUCGUUUUGAUUGUUCUCUAAAGGAUAGAGAAGCAGCAUCUCCGAGUAUUUCUUUUGUGAACGGCAAGGACAGAGACACACCUAUCUCUACUGAGAAGGUUCCUCUGUAUAACCCUACGUUUGAGAUACGAUUAGAGCAGCAGAUUGUAAAACUUGAGCUGCCUGCAGGUUCCUCCCUUUAUGGAACUGGAGAAGUUAGCGGACAGCUUGAGAGGACGGGCCAAAGAGUUUUCACAUGGAACACUGAUGCAUGGGGUUAUGGACCUGGAAAUACAUCCUUGUACCAAUCACAUCCGUGGGUGUUAGCUGUUCUUCCAAGUGGUGAGGGACUAGGAAUCCUUGCUGACACUACAAGGCGCUGUGAGAUUGAUCUGAGGAAAGAAUCAACAAUACAGUUUGUUUCUCCAUCUUCAUAUCCUGUCGUUACAUUUGGUCCUUUUGCUUCACCCACUGAAGUGCUAAGUUCUCUAUCGAAAGCAAUUGGAACUGUAUUUAUGCCCCCGAAAUGGUCUUUAGGCUAUCAUCAGUGCCAUUCGAGUUAUUUAUCUGAUCAGAGAGUUCUGGAGGUUGCAAAAACGUUCCAGAAGAAGUGCAUACCAUGUGACGUGAUAUGGAUGGAUACCGAUUACAUGGAUGGUCUUCGUGUUUUCACAUUUGACAAGAAGCGUUUCCAAGACCCCAUGUCAUUGGUGAAAGAUCUCCGAAGUAGUGGUUGUAAAGUCAUUUGGAUGCUUGAUCCUGGAAUUAAGCUGGAAGAGGGUUAUUUUGUAUAUGACAGUGGUUCUAAAUAUGAUGUUUGGAUCCAAAAUGAAGAUCAAACUCCUUUCAUAGGGGAGGUGUGGCCUGGGCCUUGUGUCUUCCCCGACUAUACUCAGUCAAAAGUUCGUGCAUGGUGGGCAAAUUUAGUCAAAGAUUUCAUUUCCAAUGGUGUUGAUGGUAUUUGGAAUGAUAUGAACGAACCAACUAUUUUUAAGGUUGAAACAAAUACAAUGCCUGAUAGCAAUGUUCAUAGAGGAGAUAGUGAACUUGGUGGCUGUCAGAAUCAUUCUUUCUAUCACAAUGUGUAUGGUCUUCUGAUGGCAAGAUCGACCUAUGAAGGCAUGAAACUAGCUAGUGAAGAGAAACGUCCUUUUGUUCUUACAAGAGCUGGAUUUAUUGGCAGCCAACGGUAUGCAGCAACAUGGACUGGUGAUAAUCUUUCGACCUGGGAGCAUCUUCACAUGAGUAUCUCCAUGGUACUUCAGCUGGGACUUAGUGGUCAGCCAUUUUCAGGUGCUGAUAUUGGUGGAUUUGCUGGAAAUGCUACACCUAAACUUUUUGGAAGGUGGAUGGGUGUUGGUUCCUUGUUUCCCUUUUGUCGAGGGCAUUCUGAAGCUUGCACCACUGAUCAUGUACCUUGGGCUUUUGGGGAAGAGUGUGAAGAAGUUUGCCGAUUGGCAUUGAAGAGGCGAUACCGCCUAAUCCCACUUAUCUACACUCUUUUUUAUUUUGCUCAUACACGGGGCACACCGGUGGCAACCCCUACUUUCUUUGCUGAUCCAAAAGAUCCUAGUCUGAGGAAGCUUGAAAAUUCAUUUUUGCUCGGUCCAGUCUUAGUGUAUGCAAGCACCAUACAUGCACAGGGGUUGGAUAAAUUGGAGAUUACUUUGCCUAAGGGGAUAUGGUUGCGUUUUGAUUUCAACGAUGCACAUCCGGAUUUGCCAGCCUUGUACUUAAAAGGUGGCUCUAUCAUUCCUGUGGGUCUCUCUCUUCAGCAUGUUGAAGAAGCUAACCCUUCAGAUGAUUUGACUCUUCUCUUGGCUUUAGACGAAAAUGGAAAAGCUGAAGGUGUUCUUUUUGAGGAUGAUGGUGAUGGAUACGGAUUCACAGAAGGCAAUUAUUUAUUAACACAUUAUGUGGCUAAUCUUGAAUCAUCAGUUGUUACUGUGAGUGUACACAAAACCGAAGGAUCUUGGGAAAGGCCUAAACGACGCCUGCAUAUUCAAUUAUUGCUGGGUGGGGGUGCAAUGCUUGAUACAUGGGGAACUGAUGGAGAAGUUCUGCAACUAAUCUUGCCUUCUGAGGAUGAGGUGUUGAAGCUAGUAUCUACUAGUGAGAAGCAAUACAAGGACCGCUUGGAAAGUGCAAUUUCAAUUCCUGAUGUGGAAGAGGUUUCUGGACCCAAGAGAACAGAAAGGGCUUUCACUGAAUGGAGAAGUGACAUAGAAGACCAUGUUAGUGGGAGGUCUAUGGAGUUUUCGAAUCUGAAUGAUGGAGGAAUUAUUCAGACCACUGAUCCUAGUGACCCAUUUAAUACUAAGGAGGUUUUCCCUUCUCGAGAUGCGAUGCUGAAUUGGGCCCGAGAAGUAGCAAAAGAGAAUGGAUUUGUUCUUACUAUUUUGAGGUCAGAAACAUGUACAAGAACUAAUAAAAAGAAUAACAGAGGGAAGACAUAUGUAAUAAUGGGUUGUGAAAGGAGUGGAAAAUAUAGACCAUACAAGAAUACAUUAUCUAAGGUGACUAGUACCAAAAAAUGUGAGUGUCCCUUCAAACUAAGGGCAAAAGCUUUGAAAAAGAAUGAAAGAUGGGUUGUUAAAGUAAUGUGUGGUCACCACAACCACGACUUAGGGGAAACAUUAGUGGUAGGACAUUCAUAUGCUGGCCGAUUAAGUGCUGAAGAGAAGUCUUUAGUCAUUGAUAUGACAAAAAACAUGGUGGAGCCGAGAAACAUACUACUAACUUUGAAAGAUCAUAAUAAUGAGACUACUAUUAGGCAUAUUUAUAAUGCUCGACAAGCUUAUCGAUCUUCUCAGAAAGGUCCUAGGACAGAAAUGCAAAACCUACAAAAGUUAUUGGAAUAUGAUCAUUAUGUAUAUUGGAAUAGAAAGAUGGAUGGUUCUGAUGCUAUCAGUGAUAUAUUUUGGGCACAUCCAGAUGCCAUCAAACUUCUAAGCGCUUUCCAUACUGUCUUGCUCCUUGAUAAUACUUAUAAAGUCAAUAGGUAUAAAUUGCCGCUACUUGAGAUUGUUGGUGUUACUUCGACAGAGUUAACAUUCUCUGUGGCAUUUGCUUAUCUAGAGUCUGAGCAAGUUGAUAACUUCACUUGGGCACUGCAGAAGUUGAGAGGAUUGAUUGCCAAAGACAGUGAGAUGCCUCCAGUAAUUGUAACUGUAAGAGACAAUGCUCUGAUGAAUGCAGUGCAGGCAGUCUUUCCGAGCUCUUCUAAUUUGUUAUGUCGUUUUCAUAUAAUCAAGAAUGUGAAGGCCAAAUGCAAGGUGAUGGUUCAUCCAAAGGAGCAAUAUGACUUGGUGAUGGAUGCAUGGCACAAUGUUAUGAAUUCUCCUAACGAGGAUGAGUAUAUGCAACGUUUGGCAUUAUUUGACAGAGUUUGCUCAGAUUUUCCAAAUUUUGGUGAUUAUGUGAAAAAUACUUGGCUUACUCCUCACAAGGAAAAAUUUGUCACAACAUGGAUAGAUCGAGUGAUGCAUUUGGGUAACACAACACUCAACAGAGUGGAAACAGCACAUUGGAGGUUGGAGAACUUGCUUGAAGAUAGUGGGGCGGACAUUUGUAGUUGUUGGGAUGCUAUGAACAACAUGAUUAAAUUGCAACACAACGAGAUUAAGGUGUCAUUUGACAAAAGCAUAAACACUGUGGAAUACAAUACGCCAUUCUACAAAUUGUUGGUGGGAUUUGUAUCAAGGAGUGCAUUGAGUUAUAUAUCUGACCAAUAUGACCGAAUUAAGACCGUUGGCACUGAUAGUUCUUUAUGUGGUUGCACAAUUAGAACUACACAUGGUCUACCUUGUGCAUGUGAACUUGCUAGUUACAAUAUACCCUUGCAGGUAGUUCAAUAUCAUGGGACUAGGUUCAAUUUCAGUUUCCAAGAAAUGAAUGAAGAGGGGUAUGAAGUAUCAUUUCAACCAGUACCAUUGCAGGCAAUUCAUAUUCAUUGGAGGAGGUUAAACUUCAGUUUCGAAGUAAUAAACGAAGAGGGGUCUGAGGUAUCAUUGCAACGUGAAAUUGAUGCUUUGCACAAGCAAUUUCAGGAACUUGAUUAUGCUGGAAAAGUUACCUUAAAGGCGAAAUUGCGUGAACUAGCCUUGCCUGAUUUAACUUUAAUGUGUUCAGCUCCGGAAAAGAUUAGAACAAAUGAUGCUUCACAGGAUUUAGGAUGGAAGAGAGAUAAACCAGUUGAAUGUGAUCCUUUGUAUUUGGAGCAUAUAGAUUCACUACAUUCUGCCCAUGAUAGCAUGACUGCUCACCCUUCAUCUGAGAAACCAGUCCAUGACUCUAAUAGCAUGGAAGUUUUACCAUCAAUGAACCACAUUCCGGUUGAAAUUCAUCCAUUUAAUGAAGGCAAUGUAGAUGUGAAAGCAGAAGAGAACUGUGGUUAGUUGUAUCAAGAUGUAAUGUGGCCCUGGUUUGUUCAUCCUCUCAUGGAAGCAUGGGUUUUUCCUUCUUAGAGGUCAAACAUUGUCAUACCAGUGAAGUCACCUAUUAAUGACUAUUAGGUCUGUGCAUAAAUGUUACGUUGUACAAGUGUACUAUGUAUUUUAGUUUAAAUCAGAUCUUUAAUUUAUAUGCA